CAUUUCUAAAUUGAACAGUGUUGUCUUCUACAUGUGUAUUGCACAGUAAGGUUUUCUAUAAAUGACGAGAAUAAAAUGAAUAUUGCGCUGAUUUUGAUAAUCCUACGAAUUUGUCACCUAUUCUCCUCGAUCAAUGCUGCUAAAGAGGGAGAUAUUAGGUUGAUGGGAGAUUCCAGCCACGCCGGCAGGUUAGAAUACUAUUAUGACAGCGCUUGGGGGACGGUCUGUCAUUCUGGGAGCGAUAUGGGCCUAAUUUACAAAAUAGUAUGCCUUCAAUUAGGCUUUAGCGAAGGGGCAAGUUUGAAAGACAUAAAACCCGGAACCGGUAAAAUAUGGCUGGAACAUGUGCAGUGCGAGGUUAAUGUAACAAAGCUGUCGAAUUGCAAAUUACGUUAUCAUGAUGAAAAAAGCUCGUGGAAGUGCGAUCAUUCAGAUGAUGUCGGUGUGAUUUGUAAUAAUUCUGCACCUAGUACAGUUAAGUCAUCUACUGUACAAACGACUAAAACGAAGUUUACAUUUUUUCCACCGACAUCAACCAAAGUGCCUGAAGCUUCUUCAUUUUCUCCAAUAAUACUCUCACUGAUCGUUGUUCUAUCAAUAUUCAUUUGCGCCUUUGGAAUGGGUAUUUCUUUUUUCUUCUGGAAUUAUAGAAAGGAGCAAAGAAUAAGGCAAAGACAAGAGGAGAGAAGGCAAAGACGCAUUGAAGUCCUACCUUCUAGUCAGCAAAUAGCACAGUUACCUAACGGAUCACCCCCAAUGUUUGUUAUGCAGCCAAAUUACACUAUCAAUCAACCUAUACGCCUUAAUAGUCUGAAUCAACCUCCACCGUACGAUAACGAAUCGGUAAAACCACCUGAUUAUAAUCAAGUCACCGAAAGUAAAAGUCCCCCUCCCUAUACGCCUACUGUAACUGAUCAAAUGCCAAAUGUUUAUAAUUGACAAAACUAAUAAUAAAAAUAAAAGUGUUUUGAGGCACUUGUGAUAAAGAAAAUAUUUGAAAUAAGUAUGUUAUUAGAGCAAAUAUCGAAAUUUCUCGUCUUUAGCUUAAUCCCUCACAAUUUACUUUUUACUUAUUAAAUUGUCUUUCAAUUGUACAAAGAGUUUAGCUAAUAUGGGCUCCACCUAUUAUUUGCUUGCAAAUGAUCCAUUUUAGAAAGUUUUUUUUUUCAUUGUAAUCGUGUCAACUUGAAUAGAGAAAAGUGUUUUUUCAUUGAUUGAUCAAAACAUAAUAGAUCGUUUCUUUAUAAUUUCAGAACCACAAUUUUUUUCCUUCCUCUCUCCCCCACCCUCCCACUCGCUCUCUAUCUAUCCAUCUACCUAUCUUCCCAUCUUCCUCUCCUUCCUUUUCAAUACCUUUUAAUAACAUAUUUAUUUUCUUUUUGAUUGUUCUUUUAUUUACACCUUCCUCAAAUCCUUGUUUUUCUUCUCAUACUUUUAACCCCUAUAGUUUACUCUGAUUGAUUGAUUCGAACAACACCAAUUCAUUUAUGAUAAGC